AAAAAUUAUGUUUAGCGUUCCUUUCUAAGUAAAACAAGAAAAAAAUUAAUCUUUGGCCGGAAGUAUAAGAUACCGGAAGUGCAAGAAUAUGAAUGAUCUCACACAAACACUGGAGGCUGACGGGAAGGCAAAUUCAAGAUGGCUGCCAAAAUGAAAGAGAACUUCAUCUUGGUAUUUUUAAUUAUUGUUCUUUUAUCUUUAGGAGGAGUUCGUUCUGAUGAAGUUGCCAGGUUAAUUUAUGAAGAUAUCAAGGGUGUUAUCCCUUGUGUGUUAUUAACUAAUGCUACACAUCAAAUAGGAUGCACAUCCACUAUAGGUGGCCAUGUAGGUGUCUUACACUUUGUCCAGUCACAAGAUGAUGUAGACUGGCUGUUAAAUAAAGGAAAACAUGCACCUUACAUUCCAAUUCUUACUUCUGAGAUGUUUAAAGGGGAUGUUCUGAGUUCCCUAGCCAAGAAGAAUGUGAUCAAUGGAGCAUUAGUAAUAUUUACAGGGCGUGAUGGUGAUCCCCCAAAAGAAGGGUUCUCUCCAGAUUAUUCAUGUCCCAAUGACAACCAUGGACUGUACCGUGGGAAUGCUGAUUACAGUGGUUGCAAGAAACAAAUAUGGAACACUGUUGGGAAUGCCAUGUCUUUUCUCUAUUACGGAAUUCCAAUUUUUCUUUUACAUGACAGCAAAGAAGUGCAAAGAGCAAUUCAGUGUUAUGAAAAGUAUAACUCACCAGUUAACCGUACUCCUGAGUACCCCCUUUGCUCCGCCCAGCUGAAGGACUUCAUGUUUGCCGCUAAGGACACACCCACAUGCAUGAGAAAGACAAAUAUCCCUAACCCCACACAAAAUAUGUUUUGUGACCCUCUUGGAGACCUAAAUAUCUGGUCCACACUCUACCCAAUGAACAAAACACCAAACGAAAAAGAGAUUGUUGUUGUUGCUGCCAAGAUGGAUUCCAGUUCAUUUUUCCAUGACCUUGUAUAUGGGGCUGACAAUGAUGCUUCUGGAGUUAUUGCUCUUCUCGCUGCUGCUAAAGCAUUAGGAGAUGCCAAAAGAAAUGGUACUUUACCAGAGCCCAAGAAUCCUAUCAUGUUUGUGCUGUUUCAUGGGGAAAGUUGGGAUUAUAUUGGCUCAUCCCGGAUGGUCUAUGAAAUGGAGCAAGGAAUCUUCCCCCCAAACCCCUGGAAGGUUCCUGGCGACACUGGUAAGGUGGAUAAGAACUUCACAAUUGGUCUGAAGAACAUCAAGUAUUUCAUUGAGUUGAACCAGGUUGCCCUAGGAGGGGACCAGCUGUGGGCGCACACAGACCCUGUGUCCAGGAAGACGGGUGAAGUGGACAAGGAGGUCCAGACACUUAUGACAGCCUUACAGAAAACAGGAAAGGCGUCAAAUCUCACCAUCAAGGACCCCUCCCCUGGGAAGGCCAAGCCCCUCCCCCCUGCCUCCUUCCAGAGGUUUCUGAUGUCUAACAACAAGAUCCCCGGGGUGGUAUUAACAGACCAUGAGGCUAACUUCACCAACAAAUACUACAACAGCCGAUUUGAUGAUCUGUUCAAUGUACAAGGAAAUUUCUCCCGGAUCAAAAAUACUUCACAAAUUUAUCUACAAAGCCCAUUUACUGAGAAAGUCACGAAAGUUGCCAACACGAUUGCCAACACUCUGUAUACACUUGCCAACGAUGGUCAACCUCCUAAAGAACCACUCAGCGUCGACCCCUUUUUGGUCGGUCAUCUUGCCUACUGUUCAUUUUACCGCGGGAACUGCCCUCUGCAUCAGGAGGUGUCUACCAAAGCUGCUAUGUCAAAUCUUCCGGCUUCGCCCAUGUCCCGGUACGUGAGCGUCAACACCGCGAAUAACACGCUGACCGUGCUCACGAAUCGCAUUAUGCUCUACUUCACCGGCUACUAUCUCCCUCCCGGCUCAACGUGCUCCACGGAAGGCCCCAACGUAAUGAAGAAAAUGCGGGGAAGCGGGGAUCAAAACGGUGACAUUUGCGUGAACGGGUCCGUGUAUUUCUCCAAGGCGGAGUCUCCCGCCUUCGUCCUCAAGGACUACACGUCUACUCAGUACUCCACGUGGGCGGAAAGCACCUGGAACGCUGAUCUCUCCGUCCGGAUCUUUCUCGUUGCAAGUCCCAUGAAACAGAUUACAACCCUCGUGUCUGGUAUUGUCGUCACACUACUCGCGUUUGGCACCGUGUUCUUCGUACACCGCAAGGCAGAUCAGCUUUUCACCCCGAUCGAGCUGCCGGCGGAUCAGUAACCAAGAACCUAUCGAUCGCGUAACUCAUCUAGGCUAGGGAAGGUCAUAUACUAGUCUGUCUAGUCUCUUAUGGAAUUGAGAACCAUGAAGCUAUCGAUCUUGCAAGGCUAGGGAGACUUUUAGUGUCUUUGGUUUUUAAUAAAAGCUAUCAUGGUUCAGCUAGGCCAGGUAGGCUAUUAGUGUCUUACAUACUAGUCUAUCCUGAGUUUGUAACCAUUACCACCGUUUGCACUGCUACACUGAAAAGUUCAAACCGCAAAGUCAUACACGUCAUAGACUUUUCAAAAAUGCGUCUGAAGAUUAUCUUGCAGGAAGACUUUAGGGUAUAGCGGUCGCCUAUUCCCUUCCCAAGACAUUGAUCCAUAUAACGGACACAAAUGUGUGCGCUAAAUGAAGGAUUUAUUUAGAGAAUUUGAUAUGCGGAUUGACUAAUGAAGAGCGUGUUUGCUUAAUGGAUAUCCGUUGUAUGAAGGUUCCACUGUGUUGAUAGACAAAUUCGUUCUCCCCAAGGGAAUGUUCAUUAACAACUGUUAAAACUUGGCAACCCCUCUUCACUGCAACUUCUUACUCGUCUAAUACUCCCAUGAUAAGAUUUCUCGCUGUCUCUACCCUUGCCUUCAUGGGGCCCUAGAGCUGCGAAUUUCGAUGCAUUGUCGGUUAAAAAAAAACAAAACAGGCACGUGAAUGUAUUUGCUCUUUUAGUGUGAAUGAAGUUUUUCUGUAUUAUUGUCCUGUACGUGAUGUAUAUACCGAUAAGACCUACUUGAAAUAUUUUGUAAUUAUUUGACGGCGCUGUUUGAAGGCGCUAUACACUCAGUUAUUGCUUGAAUAAAAUGGCUAUGAAUAUUUUA